AUGAGAGAAGUUAUCAGUAUCAACGUUGGACAAGCUGGUUGCCAAAUUGGUAACUCGUGCUGGGAACUGUACUGUUUGGAACACGGAAUCCAACCUGAUGGAUUCCUUUCUGCUGACAAGAAAGAUGGUCCUAGAGACGAGGGUUUUUCGACCUUUUUUUCCGAGACUGGAUCGGGAAAAUAUGUGCCCCGUACUAUUUAUGUUGAUUUAGAGCCCAAUGUGGUUGACGAGGUCCGUACCGGUACUUAUCGUAACUUGUUCCAUCCCGAGCAAUUGAUUACUGGAAAAGAAGAUGCUGCUAAUAACUAUGCUCGUGGUCAUUAUACCAUUGGUAAGGAGUUGAUUGAUCAGGUCAUGGACCGUGUGAGGCGCGUGGCUGAUAACUGUAAUGGUUUGCAAGGAUUCUUGUUCACCCAUUCGUUUGGUGGUGGUACUGGUUCCGGAUUCGGCGCUCUUCUUUUGGAGCGUUUGUCGGUUGACUAUGGCAAGAAAUCGAAGCUCGAAUUCGCCGUUUACCCAGCUCCUCAAAAUUCGACUUCGGUUGUCGAGCCUUAUAACUCGGUUCUUACUACCCACACCACUCUUGAGCACUCGGACUGUACUUUUAUGGUCGAUAACGAGGCUAUUUACGAUAUGUGUCGCCGUAGUUUGGACAUUGCCCGUCCUUCUUACGACAAUUUGAACCGAUUGAUUGCUCAAGUCGUUUCUUCAGUUACUGCUUCGUUGCGUUUUGACGGAUCUUUGAACGUCGAUUUGAACGAGUUCCAAACCAACUUGGUUCCUUAUCCCCGUAUCCAUUUCCCUCUUGUGACCUAUGCCCCAGUUAGUUCUGCUGCCAAGGCCAACCACGAGGCCAAUACUGUUCAAGAAAUCACAAACGCCUGUUUCGAGCCAUCGCAUCAAAUGGUCAAGUGUGACCUGCGUAACGGUAAAUACAUGGCCACUUGUCUUCUUUACAGAGGAGAUGUUGUUAACAAGGACGUGCAGCAGGCUGUUGCUACCAUUAAGGCCAAGAAAUCCAUCCAAUUGGUCGACUGGUGUCCCACCGGAUUCAAGAUCGGAAUCUGCUACCAACCUCCCCAAUACGUUCCCGGAGGAGACCUUGCCAAGGUCGACCGUGCCGUGUGUAUGUUGUCCAACACCACUGCCAUUGCCGACGCCUGGAGCAGACUCGACCACAAGUUCGACCUCAUGUUCUCCAAACGUGCUUUUGUCCACUGGUACGUUGGCGAGGGCAUGGAAGAAGGCGAGUUCUCCGAGGCCCGUGAAGACCUCGCGGCCCUCGAGCGCGACUACGAAGAAGUCGGCGCCGACUCCACCUACGACGAGGAAGAAGCCGAAUACUAA